AUGAACUUUUCUGUCUUUGUCAAUAAUGUGAGCAAGAGGAUUCAUCCGUCAUCUCUUAAGGAAGCUUUCAUGGAAUAUGGUGUAGUGUCUGAUGUGUUCAUAGCAUUUAGAAGCAGAAGGAGACUUUACGAUAAAUCCAAUUUUGCGUUCGUGAGGUUCAAAAGCAAGCAAGAAGCUAGAGUAGCGGUCAGGAAGGCCGACGGGCGGCUGAUGGAUGGGUUCAAAAGGAGUGAGCAACGGCGGCUGCGUGUGAGGAGCGAUCAACGGCAUGUGAGUAAGAGGUUUGAGAGUGCAAGAGGUGGAGCAGUGAGAACAGAUCAGACGUCGAUGAACUUUUAUGUCUUUGUCAAUAAUGUGAGCAAGAGGAUUCAUCUGUCAUCUCUUAAGGAAGCUUUCAUGGAAUAUGGUGUAGUGUCUGAUGUGUUCAUAUCAUUUAGAAGCAUAAGGAGACUUUACGAUAAAUCCACUUUUGCGUUCGUGAGGUUCAAAAGCAAGCAAAAAGUUAGAGUAGCGGUCAGGAAGGCCGAUGGGCGGCUGAUGGAUGGGUUCAAAAUUAAAGUCUACCAUGAUAAAUCUGUGAUUUCAAAAAGCAACAGAAUAUAA